AGGAACGCGGAGCUCGUCGAGCCUCUUUCUACAAAAAUAUUGGACUUUCGUCAUAAUUAGGACUCGGAGGAUUGUCUCGUCUCGAGUCCGGAAUUUCGUCUCCGUACGAGGAAGUUAAGAGGAAGAAAAGAGCGUCGUCAUUGGGAGAGAAGAAGCCGGAACGUAGGUGUGGUCAUUGAUGCGAGCGUACAAACGGUGGCGUACGGAGAUCAACGAACAGGAGGAAACGUCGUAUUUCUUGACGUCAUAGAGUUUAGACGAAGGAAGAGAUGCGACGGUCUGCCCCACCAUGGCGAUGACAGAGAGUUGAUCUCCUCUGGCAACAAUUCGUACCUCGUUUCUUUUUCUCAUGAGGGAGGGGGGCUACUGCGUGUCGCAGCGGUUAAUGGUUGCAUUAUAACGUGCCCAAAGAGAUGACGAGUGAGAAGAAAGGCGGGGGAACGAGAUCCCUCUUCGGGCGGGGUGUACGUGCGUUUUGACCUGCCGUGGAGGCUGAUAAAAUCCUUGGUGAGCCGAGGGAACAUUCAGUCUUGAAAGAAAUCUGAAUCUCAGCGGUGGUCCGGAGAAGAGAAACGUUCGAUAGCGAGAACUGCGGAGUUGUUGCGCCGAUCGGAUCGAAGGAUCGCGUUAAGCGGAGCGAGUGUUUGGACCGCUGAGCAAACCUGGUUCAUUGUAUUUCGCAGCACGAAAAUGAAGUGUUCCAAAGUGAGGGUGAUAGCAAGCCAGUGUCUGGUUGUCUUGUUCGCCCUGUUGACGACGUCGACGACACAGGGACGAUCUUCGCACAGGACAGAGAGCAGACGGGACGGAUUAUUCGAGAGCUUAAGGGAGGUCGAGUUGGACCGGGAGAUGAUGAGGGAGCUGGAGCAAGAUCUGCCGGCGCUGCAUCCGAGAAACGGCGAUCUGAUGGAAAAUAUAUUGGCCGAUUACGAGGAGAUCGUUCGGGACUCGGAGGAAUUGCAACGGCGAAAAUCGGCGAGGUCCUGGGAGCGGUUGCACGCGAUAAGGAAGCGGCACAACGAGGCCGGCCGGCGUCUCGCUCACGAGACGAUUACCGAGCAGGAAGAAACGAAGAUCCGGAGGGAGCUCGCCGCGAAUAUUCACCACCAUAACAUCGCCGAGAAAACGAGGAGGAAGCGGUUCGAGGUUGAACUCAAGGAGGCGCAAAAUAGCUCCUUGUGCAAUUACACCGUUACCGAAAUACGAGAUACGUCCGAGGACCGCUCGAGGAUACCGAAGCAUCUGGUCGACGUCAAGUGCAAUCACGCCGGCCUCAAAUGCCGCGAACCCGGCGCCCAUUAUUGUCUCCAAACUUACGGGAAAGUCGAAGUCAGUUACAGCAACGGAACGACCGAGGUUUUGAAAAUUUUGACCGGCUGUGUUUGCGCUCUUCGGGAAUACGCUCGCUUGGAACAGUUCAGACCGCGCAUCAUCGACGAUUGGGAAGAAGAGCGACGGUAACGCAACGACCACGAGAACCAUCCGAACCGGCCAUCCCAACGAUCAUCCAAGUACCAGCGACCCCGGACAUCGCUCGGCUCAACAAAUCUUUGAAAUUUCAAAGAUAUUCGACUCGUUAUAUAUGAACGCUCAACUUUUAUCAUUCGUCGACUAUUUAUUCCAUUCGAUGCACAUCUUCAUCGAUCGUUUUGAGCUCAA